AUGGCCUGGUUAAGGAACACCAACCGCGGCAGAACAGAACCAUCUGCCGAAGAAUGGUGGGAUACAGGCCAUGAUUCUCAAGAUGAUCAUCACAGACCAUAUAAUCCUCCACGAAUAAACUUGUUCAAAGACCAUGGUGACGUUGUUGAUGACCCUUCUCAUUUUCCUCGGAGCAUAGCGUAUGGCUCGCCCAAGAAAGCUGAGGAAUUUUCCCCUAAGGAGCAUCGCAAGGGUUCGCCCUUGAACUCUGCAGCCCGUAUGAAGCCUAGCCCCUUUUCUAGGGAUGAUGUUAGUAGUUCUGACGCUUCGGAUGAUGAUAUGUACCCAACCAAGGAUGACAAUUAUGACAGGCAUGGAGGAUAUGGAGGGUCCUACUCGCCUAAGCUUGUACGUAUUAAACCCGAACAUGACACUGAUUAUGGUAGGGCAUCCCCAAAAAGUGCUGGUAGGAAGCCUUCGUUUGUUCCUCCGGCUGGAAGGCAUCAACAGUAUACUGUUCCGGUAUCCACAUCACCAAAGAAAGACACAUACCAAGCAAGAAAUAGGCCAAUUAGGCAUAGUCCUCCUCGGAGCAAGCCAGAAACUGACACUCAAUCCCCAAAAGCUGGUUGGAAGCCUUUGUAUGAGCCUACUACGGGAAGGCAUCCACAGUAUAGUGCCCAUGUCUCCACAUCACCGGAAAAAGAGACGCGCUACGAAACAGCAAACAAUAGGCCAAUUUGGCCUGGUCUUCCAAGGAGCAAACCAGAAAUAGACGCUGGUUAUGCUUCCGAUUCCCCAAAAUCCGGUGGGAACCCUUCAUAUGGUUCUCCUGCUGGUAGGAAACAAAAUCAUACACUUCCUGUUAAAGAUCCACACUACGAAACGGCAAAUAAUACAGAACAUGGCAGUGGCAAAGGUAUGACAGUUGAAAAUCCGAAGCCUAAAUAUACACAACCACGACAAGUUAGUCCACAUGCCAUGACACAGACAAGGAAAGAGGACCAUCAACAGACCAUUAACAGCAGCGAGGCUCGUAAGCGUUAUGGAGGCAAAGCAGUAACUCAGACAAAACGGGAGGAGGAAUACACAGGAACAAUUAACUGCAUAGAGGCUGCAAGGAAAUAUAAUGGCAUCUUUAUGCUUUAA